AUGCGGUGGAGGACUGCGUAUCUCUGCAGAACUUCAUGCCUGUUGUUAUGUAUUUUCACUUUCUCUAAGGCUCUGUUCGCCUCCAGUGCGAGGCCGCGGAAGCCUUAUGGAGCCGCUGUCCUCUCCGUGCCCUCCGUCGACGCACCGCUGGGACGACCCCAGCCAGCGGCCGCCAACAAGGGGCCCGAAUUUUCUUUUGCAGAAGCCCAAAAGGGUUUUCCUUCAUUCUCAAACGUCCAGGAUAAUGAAGAGAGGUCCCUGGAAGAGCUACAGGGGGCCCAAGGCCCAGACAUCUGGGGCGGAGCUGGCAGCGGCAGCUCCACCCCGCAAGCCCGCCAGCAGCCGCACGGCAGAAGGCGCUCGAGGCUGCGGCGGGUCUUCCAAAACGUGCGCAGGAGAGCUGCAGAAAAAAUGAGGAGGCUCUGGCGAGGCAUCCGGAGGGGCGCCGCAAGGCUGAAGGCGGGGGCGCGCCGAGCGGCGAGAGCCAUCUUCAGACGAUUGCCAGUACUUCGGAGGAGACAGCGGGGCCCAAAGGCAGAGCCAGAAGCCCCGCAGCCAUCCUUGACUGCUCCCGCAGGGUUAGCGGGGCUCGGCGUGGCUGCUGCUGCCGCACUUCCCGCCGCAGCAGGCGCAGCAACUGCAGCAGGGGAAGCAGCGGGCGAGCCUUCUGCGCCAGAAGCGCAGCCGCCCGUGGAGCCUGCUGCAGAGUCGCCUCCUGCGAAGGAACUUGAAAAGGAGGAAAGAGAGGCAGAGCCGCAGACAGAGACGCCCCCCUCCAGUCCCCCGGAGUCUGACGAAUUCGUGGAGGCCCUAACGCCCGAGGCUUACCGAGCCCUCUACCCACCUUCGCAGCCCGAAAAGGAAGAAGACGCAGCUGCUGCUGUUCCCGCGGAGGCCCCCCCGGCUGCGCCUCCUGCUGCUCCGGCAGGCCCUGCGGAGCCAGUGCCAGAGGACUGUGCCGAGUUUUUGCUGGAGUUCAGCGACAACCUGAAGUGGGUCAACGACCGCGCUCCCGAGCUGUGCGCGCUGUGGAGUCUGUUCGCGCGUGAGCCCAACAUCUCGCGCGGCGGCACCAUGGAGCCUCGGGCUUUCGAGAUAUCGAAACAAAUUUCAGAGGCGAAACUCCUGGAGCCCGCAGACAGCAGCUUCAACGCCACCAAGCUCCGAGUGACGCUGGAUCUGGCCCAGGCUGAGGACGGCGUGGCGCGGGCUGGCAAGUACACCGACGACUUUUGCUGGUUCACCAGGCCGGAGAGCAUCAUGAAAAGACUGAGUCCUGAGGAGAAGGAGGCGGCCGACGAGGUCACCAACAACUACGUGGGCUUCCUCCGCAAUCCCUGCACAGUGUUUGACCGCCUCAUGCGCCACAUGGAUGUGGCUGAGGUCGAUGCCAACAUCUGCGUCGAAAAGGCCGAAGAGGAAAUCAAGGUGAGGGAAGUGUUAAAAGAGGUCUUGAUGGCGCAGAGAAACAGACUCGAGGAGGCAGUGCAAUCGCUUAAUCUCACGCCUCACCAGAUGCGGGUUGGAAACGAUGCAAUAAAAGACCUGCAGCAGCUGAGCAACAGAGAAUCUUGUUCCAUGGAGAUCCUUCACAUAACGAAGGAACAUGCCAAAAAUAUCAAAACGUUCAUCAUUGACUACAAGGCAAAUGGACACCACUGGUGGAAAGUGCAGUGGCCGGGAAAGAUUGCGGGUAUUAUGCCUUCCGCCAGGGGGUCCAAAAUUGUGCCGCCUCACGUUGCCAAAGAAUGCAGAGCCUAUGAGAACAGCAAGCAGCCCAGUGACCCUAGUGAGGUUACGGAGCUCCUUGAGUGGUUCUGGGAAGUGGCGCUUCUAAGAAGUGAAGCGGGUCAACAAUAA